CCACCCACGCAUCCCACGCCACGCCACCCAUCCAACCCAUCCCCAUCCAUCCCCAUCGCAGCCCACGCGCCCCUGACCCCCGGAGCAGCCAUGGCGAAAGGCGGAGCAGCAUCGGGAGGUGGCGCCGUCAAGACGGCCCUGGUCGUCGGCGGCGGCCUCAUCCUCGCCUGGAUCACCGUCGAGUCCGCCUUCAAGCCCUUCCUCGACCGCCUCCGCGCCGCCGUCUCCCGCUCCACCGACCCCGCCCGCGACCCCGACGACGACGUCCCCGACGACGACAAGGCGCCCUCCACCGCCGCCGUCGCCGCCGCCGUCGCCGACGAGAAGGAGCCCGCCGCCGCCGCUGCCGAGCCGUCCGCGCCGCCCCUCCCGGCUGACGCGGAGGAGGAGAUCGAGCAGAAGGGUGAGGAGGGGCCCGUGCCCGCCAAGGCCGAGUGAUGGGGAGCGGUGCCCGUGCACCUCUCGCCUGGUCCCGCUUCUGAACAGUAGUAGUAUAUGAUGUGAAUCUGUUCCAGUACGCGUUUGGAGGUUGAACCUAUUCCAGUGCGCGUUUGGAGGUUGUGAUGGAUGAUGCAAUGUUUGAACUCUGUUUUCGCUA